UCCAAAAUCUAUCUAAUAAAUUUGACAUUCUCCUUAUUUGUGAAACCUUUUUGAAACCUGGUAAAAAUGAUAACCUUAAAUCUCUAAAACAAUUUAAUAUUAUCAGACAAGACAGAACGGUAAAUAGGGGUGGUGGCCUCGCCAUUGUCACCCGUAAAAACAUAAUUUACUCUAAAGUCUCAACAAUAUUCACUCAGGAAGACGAACUUGAGACACUUGCGGUUUCAAUUGACUCUUCCAUGGGUGAAUUACUAAUAGUUUCUGUCUACAGAGUUCCCGGCAAACAAACCCCCCCUAUUUACUGGAAACGUUUCUUUAACUCUAUUAAAAAUUUGAAUUUCAAAUCAAUUUUUAUAGGAGGCGACUUUAACAGCCACAGUACUCUUUGGGGAGGCUCUUACGUCUGCUCUAACGCACGCAACCUUUGCGAACAAUUGGAUGAGAUAGAUCUUAUAAUCCUCAACAAUGGCUCACCUACUCUAGCAGGUCGCCCGCCUAACCCUGGCUCUGCAUUGGACCUCACUAUGGUUUCUCCGAACCUUUACACAUCAUCAUCUUGGAAUGUUCACGUCGACCCGUUGGGCAGUGACCAUUUUCCUAUUCUCACUUCGUUGGGUGUCACAAUUCCAAUAUCAAUCUUCUCCUCUCACAAAUAUAAUUUAAGAUCAAUAAACUGGCCCCUUUUCUCCGAAAAUCUUCGUUCAUCUAUAGAAUCAAACAUAAAUCUUUUAAAUACUAAUGACCCUAUUGCUGAUUAUAAUAAUUUUAUCCAACUUGUCGAUACAUCAAUUUCUGAAGUGUGCCCCCAACGAAAAAUUUCACAUACACAUACAACUAGAAAUGCUACUCCGGCCAGAAAACCAUUUGUUCCUGCUCCCUGGUGGAACAGCAAGUGUGAUGAGGCAAUAAAAAAUAGGAAAACGGCUUUUACAAAUUACAAAUUAUCUUCAAAUUACCCAAACUAUAUCAACUACAAAAAAGCUGAAGCCAUUGCCAAACGCACACUCAACGAAGCUAGACGCCAAUCCUUCAGAACCUUUUGUGACUCUUUGGACAGACACACUCCUUUGACAAAGAUAUGGUCUAAACCUUCAAGUAGUAAUAUUAGCACUCCAUCUACUUCUCGUGAUAUAGCGAACAUUGAUGAUUCUCGUAAUAAUGACGAAACACCAGUUCCAAUAGAACUUGACAGUCCUAUAAGAGUUGAGGAACGUGAUUCUGGUCUUUCUGGGCCUGAAAUUCAAAAAGAAAUUGAUAAAUUGAGAAAGGAUCUUGAAGCGAAGAAAAAGUUAUUAGUUACAAAAAAGGCCAAAGCCGAACGUGAAAGGAAAUACCGACUUCAAAGAAAGGAAACUUUAAAUGCGCUAAGGAAAGAAAAUCCGGAUGUGAUUCGAGAAUCUUCUGGUAGACCGCGUCUUGAAGAUGAUCAAUCGGAAUUGUUAAAAGCAAUAAUUGACAUCGCAACCUUUGAUGGAGCAGCGGAUAGUCGACGACGCACGGAAUUAGUGCGUAGCUGCAAAACUUUACAUGACCUACAUACAGAGCUUCAAGCCCAAGGCUUCAAGAUUUCUCAAAGUGGAACAACUCUUGAAUUAAGCGGGCUUCUAGAAGGGAAUAGUCUAACUUUUCCUUGUCGAGUCUCUUAG